AUGAGCCGAGGGAAACGGGACAACAACUUCUCUGUCUUUGAAAUUGGAGAUUCCACUUUCACAGUUUUGAAGCGCUACCAAAACCUGAAGCCCAUUGGGUCAGGAGCCCAAGGGAUAGUAUGCGCUGCAUAUGACACUGUUCUAGAAAGACAUGUUGCUAUCAAAAAGCUGAGUCGACCGUUCCAGAAUCAAACCCAUGCCAAGAGGGCGUACCGGGAGCUUGUGCUCAUGAAAUGUGUCAAUCACAAGAAUAUAAUUGGGCUCCUAAAUGUCUUUACACCACAGAAGUCUCUGGAAGAAUUCCAAGACUUGUACAUUGUGAUGGAGCUUAUGGAUGCUAAUUUGUGUCAGGUGAUACAGAUGGAGCUGGAUCAUGAGCGUAUGUCCUACUUACUUUACCAGAUGUUGUGUGGAAUAAAGCACUUACAUUCUGCAGGAAUCAUUCAUCGGGAUUUAAAGCCGAGCAACAUUGUAGUGAAGUCUGAUUGCACCCUAAAAAUUCUCGACUUUGGUCUUGCUCGGACAGCAGGAACAAGCUUCAUGAUGACUCCAUACGUUGUCACCCGUUACUACAGAGCUCCGGAAGUUAUCUUGGGCAUGGGAUACAAAGAAAAUGUGGACUUGUGGUCCGUGGGGUGCAUUAUGGGAGAAAUGAUAUGUCACAAGAUCCUGUUCCCGGGAAGGGACUAUAUUGACCAGUGGAACAAAGUCAUUGAGCAACUGGGGACUCCCUGCCCGGAGUUCAUGAAGAAACUUCAGCCUACUGUGAGGACAUAUGUGGAGAACCGACCCAAAUACGCAGGUUACAGCUUUGAGAAACUCUUCCCAGAUGUCCUGUUUCCUGCAGACUCCGAGCACAACAAAUUAAAAGCCAGCCAAGCCAGAGAUCUGCUCUCAAAGAUGUUGGUUAUAGAUGCUUCCAAGAGGAUUUCCGUUGACGACGCUUUGCAGCACCCUUAUAUCAACGUUUGGUACGAUGCUUUAGAGGCUGAAGCCCCACCUCCAAAAAUUCCAGACAAGCAGCUGGAUGAGCGAGAGAACACACAAUAGAGGAAUGGAAAGAGUUAAUAUACAAAGAAGUCCUCGAUUGGGAAGACAGAGCUCGGAAUGGUGUGAUUCGUGGGCAGCCAGCCCCUUUAGGUGCAGCAGUGACUGACGGCUCCCAGCCUCAAACCUCCUCUUCAUCAGCUGACGCUUCCUCCAUGUCCACCGACCCAACGCUGCCCUCGGACACAGACAGCAGCCUAGAAACCUCUGCAGGGGCACUGGGCUGCUGUCGAUGA